AUGGGAAAGUCGAAGAACAACAAGAAAGUGGCAAUCGCUGCUAAAUCUGUUAAUUCUACUGCUCUUACUCAGGGUCGCAUCAGUUUUUCGCAAAAAAGCCAAGUCGAAACCGCCGAAAUUCGAUCGAAAAGGGAAUCCGACGAUUUGGACCCUCCAAUCGUCAACAACAACAGCGACACCGAGAUGGAGGAGGUCGAGAAUCCACUGAAGUACGAUCGCAUCGUCCAGAACAUCGAUUCGUCUCAGUGGAACCUGCAAACCCUUGCCUAUUUAUGCACAAUCCACCGUGCUCGUGGUCAACGCAACAAUAAAAAAGAAGUUGUCUUUGGAAACGAGCUGUUCUCGGAGGAAGCAGCCGAGAAGCUACUACAGAUUUGUGAUGGGGACUGGAACUUGGUCGAGCAACGCAUUCGAGCUGCGCUUGACCGAGACAUCAAGGACGAAUUUAUUGGAAACGAUCGGGAGCUCGUCGUCUAUGUCCGAGGACUGAUUCUUGGGCUGGCGGUACAAGAUCCUCUGGUGAUUUUUCCUUUGGACGACCCGAUGGAGGAGACUACAUUUUUCAAUCGGUAUUGGGAUUUUACUUUGGAGGUCAAGCCUCGUUUACUACUGGAACUACGUCCUCUGGCUAAAGUUUGGGCCAUUGCGGUUGAACUUCUAGGCCACCCGUGGACCGACCCCGACACGACGACGGUAGUAACGGAAUUGGCUGAGCGUCGCUCAGCAGCCAAGGGCCGAAAACGUGAGCGCGAUCUGGUCCCAUCAACGGAACAAAAAUCAGCUCCAAUUGACCCUCGCUCCCCUGCGCGAGGGUUCUUUCCGGAUGCUACUCCAAAACCAGUUCGCGACUCUGUUGCCCCCGAUAAGGAUGAUUCGGUGAUGAUGGACACAACAGGUCCAUCGGUAAUUAGCCCCACCAAUAAACCAGUCAAC